AUGGACGUCGUGCUCGACUUUGACGGCACAAUCAUCGCCAAGGACAGCAUCAACUGCCUGGGCGAGUUUGGGGUCUCGCACCAGCAAAAGCACCGCCAGCAUGACCUGUCCCCGACGUGGAAACAGAUCGUGUCCGACUACUUGGCCGACCACAAAAUGCACGUCUCGGCCUACUCGCCGGCCGAGGCGGACAGGCUCACACACGACGACGAGCGGGCCUUCCUCCACAGCCUGCAGCACGUCGAUGUCAAGUCGCUCGCACGCGUCGCCGACGCGAGGAUCUUUGAGGGCUGCACGGCCGACGACCUCUACGGUGCGGGGCGGGAGGCCGUGCGGACCGGCAAGGUGGCGGCGCGCGGUGGGUUUGCCGAGUUCGUGGCCGUCAUGCGAGGGGCGGGAGCGACCCUGUCCAUCUUGUCAGUCAACUGGUCGGCUUCGUUCAUCAGGGGCGUCCUGUCGCAGUGCGGGGACGAUGUCGUGAUUGAAGAUGUGGUCAGCAACGAGAUCACCGCGGAUGGAAAGAUUGGCUGCUUGGGGGAGGGGGGUGGAGCGCAGGGCACGCCGAUGAUGACGUCUUUGCACAAGCUCGAGGCUCUACGGGCGAGGUCCGCCGCGUCCUCUGACGAGAACGAGAUCAGCUCCAAAAUCACGAUAUACUUUGGAGAUUCGACGACGGAUCUUGAGUGCCUGCUGGCCGCCGACAUUGGCAUCGUCAUGGCCAACGACGAAAACAGCUCCCUUUUGCGGGCGCUCGCUCGGCUCGGGUUCGAGACCCCUCAUGCUUUAGAUGCAGGCAGCAGAUGGCAACAAGUGCCGACGACCGUAGAUACCCGCCGCAGACUGGCAUGGGCGAGGAGUUUUACCGAAGUGCUCGAAAGCGGCAUUCUUCAUCCAAAAGAAACAUCCAGUUCAUGA